GUGGGACAGAGACUGGGGCAAGGCUGAGGUCUAGACUGGAUUUGCACUUUUAGGUGGGCGUGCUGAAAGUCAUGCAGCCCUCUGCCAGUCCUGGGCUGCCACUGCCCCAAUACUGCAGUGUGGCCACAACCGUGAAAGCCCCUGACCUGCAUGGUGCUGUGCCGCCCUGGGACAUGUCCUUCACCUGUCCCUUUGCCACGCAAGCACCCUGGCUGCCCACGCACUGCACAUUCACCAGGUGCACUGCCUGUUGCCCAUGUCUUCACACUGUUGAUCGGCCAUGGCCGGGGCUCCGCUGGCUGGGAAGAGUCGGAGCUGCGGGCGGCUCCUGGGUCCUGGCUAGAAAGGAACCAGAUGGCUUUUAUUAUCUGGCUCAGAUAAAGGCUGCUCCAGAGCUGGAGAAGCGGGGGGCCCUGGUUGUGGAAUUUGAGGCUCCCCUUGUCACAGGCCUAAAGCUGCCAGCUCAGCAGCAGAGGGUGGUAUUUCCAGAGGAUGUUAUUCAGUUUUCACCAUCUGUGCCACACUCACUGCAGCUGGGUGACAAGGUGUUGGCACCUUGGGAACCGGGGCAGCAGCGGUAUGGCCCCGGCACUGUUCUAGUGGGCUUGAAGAAGCAAAAAGGACAAAGAGCAUCUAAAGAAAAAGAAAUCACUGUUCACUUCUGGAAUGGCAAGAUAACUAAGGUGCCUCUAGGCAGGGUCAGGUGGGUGCCCCCCACAGUCUGGAAGAAGGCUGUGGAAAGACUACAAACACCUCAUACCAGGGACUGCCACAGUUCUUGUCUCUGGGUACCUCACUGCUCUCAGCUGGGACCCAGUGCUGGAUGCAUCACACACGGGCCUCCUCUGGACUCUUCCUACUUAUGCCCUCCCUGCCUCUCCUGUGCCUGCUGCCAGCUUCAGUGCCAGAGCAGCUGCCCUUUGGUGGGGCCGAGCUGGUGGCCUCUAACUAGGACUUCAGAGCUCACAACCAGAAAACUCCCGGAGCCAGAGGUGAAGCCCACAGAUCAGCUUUUGCCCCUACAAGGUCCUAAGGAGGAGCCAGUGGCAGAGCUCAGCUACAAUAUGUCCUCCUCCUCUUCUUAUGAGGAAGAAAAUUCAGAGAGUCAUCUGGAGAUGGGACUGCCUCUGAGACAGAUGGUAAGCAGGGCAGUCAACACUGACCCCAUCCUUUCUGAGACGGCAUCUCUGCGGCAGUGCAGCCCCCACAAGCCCGGGUGGAGGUACUGGAGGAGAAAUGGGCCUGAACCACCCCCUGGAAAGCCAGACUGCAUGAAGAGCAGAAGUCUAGUUAAGACGGCAGAGCUGCAUGAGGGAGGUGGCCUGGAAAAGCAUGGCCUGGGUUUGACUUUGGAGUCCUGUUGUCACUGGUCCACUGAGGAGGGAUUUGUGGUAGGCAUACUAUGCUCUAAGAGUUAA